CUUAUUUGCUUUGAAGACCAGACAAACAUGCCGAUUUUUGGCAAGAACGAGGGCGCCGCGGCUCCAGCUGCUGCUGCCAAGCCAGGCCAGCGAGUCGAGUUCUCCUUCUCGACGCAGCUCGCUCACGGCAGCGCCACCAAGAAGAUCUCCAACUUUUCCAACGUCAAGGAGAUGUACCAAGCCAUCUCAACCGCCUUCAGCGUUCCCUUCGGCGAUAUCGUCUUCUGCACGCUCAACACACCCAAGAUCGACAUGAACCGCCUGCUCGGUGGCCAGAUUGUCUUUGACGACUUUAUCUUUGCGCACUUGCGCGGCGAGACCAAGGUCGCUGAGGUUGAAAAGACCUCGUCGACCCUGGGUCUGUCCAUCACCGACAACGGCGCUGGCUCGGCCUUCAUCAAGCGCAUCUACCCGGAUUCCAUCCUCGCCAAGAUCCCGCAGGUCUCUGUCGGCGAUCUCAUCGAGGAGAUUAACGGCGUCUCGAUGCUCAACAAGCGCCACUCGGACGUUGCCAACACCCUCAAGGAGGUUCCCGUUGGCUCCAAGUUUGUGCUCAAGCUGGCUGCAGUCAAGCGUCAAGGCGGCGAUGAGAAGCAUGCUACUCCUGCUGCUGCUGCUGCCGCUGCCGCCGCUGCACCCGCCGUCAAGCCACCGGCAGAGGAGAAGCCGGCCGCCCCGAGCACCCAGAAUUUCAGCGAUGCCAACAACUCGGCCGCGAUUGCCACCAAGGUCGAGGAUCUGCUUGAGAGCUUCAUGGGCAUCCGUGAUGGCGAUCUUGCUAGUGAAAUGAUCUCGCUGGCCGAUGGUUUGGAGAACAAGGAGCAGUUCAUCGAUCUUGUUCAGGAGAACCUUGGCGCGUUCGAGUUCCCUGACGAGUUCAGCUUGGACGUUUGGGACGUCAUUCACGGCGGUGAGGCUGCCCUCUUCACAUAAAGAGCGACGCACACACAAAAAAAACCCACAGGCUGGUGCUUGGUGGUUUUUUUUCUUGUUGUUCUCUGGCUCAGAGUUGUUCCAAUCGUUGUUCAUUGGCGCGUGCUUUUUGAUUUCGAAUGGACAAGUAAUAUGACUUUUUUUUCCAACAUGUCCCUCCCCUCCCUCCCCUCCCCCGGG